CACGACAGUCGCACCAGGCAACACGACAGUCGCACCAAGCAACACGACCGUCGCACCAGGCAACACGACCGUCGCACCAAGCAACACGACCGUGGCACCAGGCAACACGACCGUCGCACCAAGCAACACGACAGUCGCACCAGGCAACACGACAGUCGCACCAAGCAACACGACCGUCGCACCAGGAAACACGACAGUCGCACCAAGCAACAUGACCGUGGAACCUUCCGACGAAACGACAUAUGCCUGCAACUACGACACUGCCUCCCUGGAAGGAAGAAUAGCUCUAGCAACUGACAUUGAUGGUUUCUACGCAAACAACGAAGAGUGCCGCAUCAAUCUAUAUUCACCUGCUCUUCCCCACGUGACCACGGUCAACUUCACACGCUUUGAUGUUGAAUAUAAUAGCAACUGUCGUUACGACAGCCUGUCAGUGAGGCUUGGAAACAACACCAUCGACCCACUAUGUGGAAACAACAGAGGUCCCUUCGUGAAGCAAUACUCUAACGCAGAACCACUACUCGCCAUGACAUUCGUCAGUGAUUCGAGUGUUUCGGGUCUCGGUUUCGCCUUCGACUACCAGACGGAAGUAGAGUACUGUAAUGCUGUGAUCAAUGGUACAUCCGGGUCAUUCGCAACUCCCCCUGGUGGCUACAGUCCCAACAUGGCUUGCACAUACACCAUCAACACCCCCACGCCAGCUGAACUGCACUUCACCUUCGAGGAAUUUGACAUUGAGAGUGCAAGCAGAUGCAUGUACGACGCCGUCACCAUGGGCGAAGACAGACUGUGUGGAAGCAACCCCGGCAGCAAGACAUACCAAUCUGAUGGAACCUUUGUGAUCACCUUCACAUCUGACGGCUCCGUGCAAAGGGAAGGUUUCUACGUGUCCUUCACAUCAUCGCCAGUGGCAUAAACAGACUGACCUACGCGGCGAGAUCUAGUUGACAACAAUAUGAGUAAAUAAACUCCAUGUGCUCUAAA